CUCCACUGAAUAACAUAGAUACCAUCACGGCGUCUGUGUUUAUCAGAUCUAGGCUACUGCCUUCUGGUCAUCAUGCCUCGAAAAUAUGUCAGGAAAAGUGAUAAGCAGCUUGACCGCACCAACCUGGAGGCUGCGUUCAAGCACCGGGUUGCAACCAACUGCAGCAUCCAAGCGGCCGCUGAGGAAUUUGGGGUCAAGAAAACAACUCUCGCGGAUGCCUUCAAUCGGUCCAAGAAGUUGUCUGACGGGGUCACUUAUGUGCCUGUGCAGCCACAUAGUAAUAGAGCUUUCACCCCACAACAGGAGCUGCGCAUAGUGAAAUAUACCACCCAAGCUGCCAAGAUGUUCUAUGGCCUGCCCGUGAACGAGGUGCGAAGGAUGAUAUACCAGUAUGCUAAAGUCUGUGGGAGCCAGACCAUCCCUGGUGCUUGGGAGAAGGACAGAAUGGCAACGCGAGAUUGGUACUACUCGUUCAUGGACCGUCAUCCAAACCUUGUGUUGAAGGCUCCGGAAGGCAUGUCAAUUGCCAGGACUGUGGCCUUCAACAAAGUUAAUGUGGAAACCUUCUUUAAGGCUUACACAUUAGCUAUGGAGAAGUACAAAUUCACUCCGGACCGGAUAUACAAUUUGGAUGAGAUUACUUUGUCCACAGUUGUGAAGCCUGUUGAGGUUGUGUGCACAAGGGGUCAGCCAGUAGCCAGGCAGGUAACGCGGGAAAGAGGGGACACCAUGACGUUUGUGGGUAUUAUAAAUGCUAUGGGGCAGUCCAUCCCUCCAGUGUUUAUAAUUCCUGGAUGCCGAGGGAACCCAUCUUUCACAAGGAACACGAUCUUCGGUUCCAAAGACAUGUUGCAUCCUAAUAGCUGGAUGAACAGUGAAUGUUUCUUGCAGACAUUUCAGCAUCUUCAUAAGAAGUCUGGUUCUUCUGUGGAGAACAAGAUUCUUCUUAUCAUGGACAAUGCUGAAUGCCACAUGAACAUUCAUGUUGUGGAGUUUGCAGUUAAGCAUGGUAUUGUGAUUGUUACCUUGCCUCCGCAUACGACAGACAAACUUCAGCCAUUGGAUGUUAGUGUGUUUGGUCCCUUCAAGACGUUUCUGCGUGGCCUACUGAAUGACCACUCUCUCAUGCACCCUAAUGAGCAUGUAACAGUACACCAGUUGCAAGAGUUUGCCUCUGAGGCUUGGACUGAAGCCAUUACCCCUUCCAACAUUCGCGGUGGUUUCAGGUCGACCGGUAUCUGGCCUAUCAAUAGCAACAUCUUCCGAGAUGAUGUGUUUGUAGGAGUGCAGGUGACAGAGCAACCACCACCACCUGUGAAUUUUGCAGUAGAAGUUACUCCAACUUCUUCUGAUGGAGAGGACCGACUAGCUGAAGGCCAUAACUCGGAAGUAGAGCCUCCUGAUCCGUCUCCCAUACAUCCAGAUGAUGACCUGUCCCCUGCUGAUGUGAUGGUGGAACCCUGCUCCUAUGGAGACUGUGGCACCUCCAGCGACCCUGCCACCCCAGGCCCUAGCAGCUCAAACCUUGUUUCCCCAGAGAGUGUCAAGCAGUUCCCCAAGGCUGCUCCUCGUCCUUGUGGAAAUGGACCUAAGAUGAUACAGGCCUGCAUUCUGACUGCGGAUGAGAAGGCCAUCACAGAUCUGAGGAUGAAGGCAAAGAAGAGGAAGAAGAUAGAGGAGAAAAAGAAGGCAGCGGCUGAAAAGAAGGCAUUAGGAGAGAGGAAACGGUGUGCAAGGCGUAGGAAGUCUGUCCCUGUAGAGGAUGAUAGUGAGGAGGAAGAUGUUGAUGAUGAUCCUAUGAAACUUGAUGACUCCUCAGAGUACUCGGAUGAGAUGAAGGACGAGGACAAUUGGACAGAAUUGUUACUCACUUUUGCUGAGAAUGCACCAGAGAUUUACAACUAUGAGGAACUGCACGGACAUGCAGCUACAGCAGACCGCGUUGUAAUGUCCAGCACCCCCACUGUAGCCUUUCAAAAGGACACCAUUCCUGCAUCUCUGCCUGCCCAUGAUGCCCCUGGCAUGUCGAAUCGGCACGUUCCUGAUCCCCGUCCAACCCAGUCAGCAAGUAGUAACAAGAGGGGAAGGAAAAGGGUCUGUAAUGAAACUGACAACGUUCUGCAGGAAGCGUUGCGCCAACUUCGGGAGCUGUCACCACCAUCCACAGAAGAUAGGAAUAUGGAAGCGGAUUUUGCAAACGUUGUAGCGAAUGAUCUGAGCCAGAUGUCCAAUGAAAGCAAAAUGUAUGCACAGAAGCUUAUCAGUGACGUUCUUUUUCUUGGUAAAAUAGGGAAACUUUCCUUGUCUACGAAAAUUAUUGAUUGAAUUGUUACCGAAUAGCAUAAUGACUGUUAAGUGCCUCACUGGCAUAGUUGGUUUGGUCUUGGCCUGCCACCUCGGUGUCCACGAGUUCAAUUCUUGGGCAUUCCUUUGCAGGGUCAGAGAUGUGUAUUACCAGUGAUAGGAGUUCACUAUCGACAUGGUUCGGAAGUCAUGUGAAGCCAUUGGUCCCGUUGCUAAAUAACCACUGGUUCCAUGCAGCGUGAAAACACCAUACAAACAAACAAACAUAAUGAUUGUUCACUGUUACAAAUUUAUCUAUUGUUGUCUUUUUAUUAGUUUAUAUUUGCAAUAACAAAC